AUGGGGCCUCCCAAAACCAAGCCGAGCAUGCAGGAGCUCUAUGCCAGUCCCGAGGACUGGGACACACAACGGGAGACCAUUACUCGCCUGUACCUGCAUGAGAAACGAUCCCUGCAGGAGGUGAUGGAGUACAUGGCCGUGAACCAUUUCUUCUUUGCUACUGUCAAGAUGUUCCGCACUAGAAUUAGGAGAUGGGGGAUCGAUAAGAACAACAAAGCGGCAGAGGUGGCCUAUAUGCUAAAGCUCAAGAAACAGCGCGAUAUCAGUGGGAAGAAGUCCACUUUCUUGAUUCGCAACCGACCUGUCGACUGGGACGAUAUUGAGCGAUAUCUCGCCCGCACCCCUGAUUUCUGGGCCAAGCAUGGCUGCGCAACCCUCGACCUCAGUAAAUCUGCGCACGAGAUAACCUGCACCACACCGCCGCCGGAAUCUCCACGGAUGUUGCCCGUGUCUGUUCCCCAAAAGCUCGACGCCGCCCACGAACUGCGCGUCCACGAGGAAGUCCUCCGCUUCUUCCGCGACUACAGCGAAGGCUCCUUUGAACAAGGGCUGUGGCAAUUUUCACCAGACCAUAAACGAUAUUUCGGCCGCGGCGGCGCCGACGCCAGCGCGCGUCUCAACACAUGGUACGACAAGCUCCGCAACGUCGCUGACUGGCCUGGCCAGGAUCCCGACGCCGUCCGACUAGCGAACUGCCUCCUCGAUGACCUCCCACAGCUCAUCAAGGAUCAGGACUUCACUGUCUUCCCGGCCCUCAUGCGAUGCUGUUUUUACCUCUCGGUACGAAGGCCAGAGCUGGGACGAGUGGUGGUGCAAUUUGUGGCGAGGUUGUGUGCCGUCAUGCUCGGAGAGAAACAUCCCAUGAGCCUGGCUUGGUUACGGAUUAAGUCGCUCCCAAAAGCUGAUUACCUCCUUGUUUUGCAAGGGACCGCCAAGAUCCGACUUGACCAGCUCGAGUCUCGGCAGAGCGACGAAGAGGGCGACGAGAGCACCAUCGCUGCACUGCGCGAGUAUCUCUUGGUCCUUAGGCUAGGCGGGGCAGCUGCCGCCCCCGAGAUUGACCGCGUCACCUGCCAGGCGAGAGAACAGGUUUCGAAAAGCAACGAGGGGCUCGCCGCGUCGCACUGCCGCCUGCUCCUUGGGACAGCAACCUCUUACAUCACCUGUCGCCGGGUCAAGGAAGCGGAGGAAGUCUUGGACCUGGUAGGGACACAUCUCCCAACUUCGUCCCCGCAGGACGCCCAAUCGCAACGCGUCCUCCCAACCUACCUCUUUAUCAUGGGCUUCCUUCGCUAUGUUACCGGCAGGAUGGACGAGGCAGUCAACUACUUUAUGCAGACAUACUAUGCCCUCGAGAAAGAACGAGGGCCGAACAGCUCCGCCGUUGCCGAUAUCUUGCUCGCCCUGGUCGACCUGCCAGGGCUCCUACAAAAGCCCGAAGAAAUUGAGCACUGGCGGAGCAAGCUUACCCAGGUGCAGGCCGAAAUGCUAGCCAGGGCACAAAGGGGGGUCAAGCAGACGGCAUGGGAGCUGAGCGACGUGUGGGAUGGCCCGCUAGAUACCGACGUCAAUACCGGGGUGUGGUGA